AUGAAAAGAAGGUAUUCACUAGACGAAGAAUCUAGUUGCUCAACCUCAUCUUGUGAAACAAAAAAAGAAGCUGCAAACUUUGAUUACAAGAGCUUGACCAACUCUCAUGAUCGCGCAGCUGAAGGUUGUUCUUUCCAUGACUGAAGGAUAGUUUCUCAGGAAAACUGUGGAAAGAAUGGCUCUCAGUUGGCCAAAGUGGAGGACCCAAGUAAUUGCAGAGAGUCUUGUAGAGAAGCAGAUGCAAAAACUGCUAAUCAGUACUUUAGCAGCAUUUUUGAGCUCAAUCAAGCUGAUGAGCCAUAUAAAGUUGAUGAAGAUUCAAUAACCAAUGGAGAAGAAUUAGAUAUUUAUAUGUAA